ACUCAACUGUCCACUGCCCAACAGCCUCGCUCACCCUUGACCGCUCCCAAGAAACAAACAUCAAAACCAACAACAACAAUAAGCCGACAAGAAGAUGACCAACUCAAACUCAUCAUCAUCAUCCUCACCUUCAACCUCCUCCUCCCCAUCAACCACAUCAUUCACCGAAGUAUGCUCGAACGUGGCUAGUGCGAUCACCCAAUACUUCACCCCAACGGUAUCUGCUGAAGCUAAACAAGACAGCGAAGAGGAGAAAGAAGGAGGAGAAGAAGAGGAGGAGGAAGAGGAAGAAGACGAACCCGAAGAUCCGGCACCAGCAAUCCGGGAGGAAUGCACGGAAUCCAAGUGCUCGAAAUACAAGCGUCACUUUGAUCACUGCCAAGAACGAGUUUUGGGCGGCAAGGGAGACAAGGGAGAAGAUUGCGUUGAAGAACUCUUUCACUUGAUGCAUUGUGUCGAUGAAUGUGCUACUCCGCAAGUAUUCAGCAAGUUAGUUUGAUCAACCAAGUGUGACGACCAUUGUGAAAGUCGAUUGAAAUCCACCCAUCCAAUCAUCAAUCCCUCGAGAUGCUUGUGGAUUGAAUUAGAGCUCCAGUCCUCUCUUGUCUAUAUGAGAUAGAUGACAUCCCCUUCAGAAUCUUGUUUCUAGAAUUUUCGGAUUCCAGCCGGUUUCGAUUGAAGCUCCCCUGCUUCAUUUUAGUGUGCCACAGCCCUUCCCCCCCUAUGUUCGAGAGCUGUCUAGAUCUCGAUCACUCUUGUUGCACCUCUCAGCUCCCUUCUAGAAACUAGCUCUAAUGAAAUAAAUAAAUCUCAGUUUCCUCCUGUAGACUGACAAAGCAGUCUCAACUAUUCAUACUUGUUCUUCUCAUGAAAAGUGCCACCCUUUUUCGACUUGAGUAGUUUUUGGAUUGUUUCCCUUACAAGAUGACCGUAACUGAAUUUACACUCUUCGCAUGCCUCGCUGUGUUCUCAA